CUGUACUUUUCCAUCUCAACUGUUUCUCUCCGCACAUCGUUUCUUUUGCACAGGGGGCCAAUGGUGUGUUAAAGGCGCCAUGGGGAGCUGUUGUAGCUGUCCCGAUAAAGAGAUCAUCCCUGACAACCAUCACAACAAAUUCAAAGUGAUAAACGUGGAUGAUGAUGGUAAUGAGCUGGGCUCGGGCGUGAUGGAGUUAACGGAGGAAGAGCUCAUUCUGCACACGCGCAAACGAGACGCCGUUAAGUGGCCCUACCUCUGCCUGCGUCGAUAUGGCUAUGACUCCAACCUCUUCUCCUUUGAGAGCGGCCGGCGCUGCCAAACCGGUCAAGGGAUAUUCGCGUUCAAGUGUACACGGGCCGAGGAGAUCUUUAACAUGCUGCAGGACAUCAUGCACAACAACAGCAUCAGUGUUGUGGAGGAACCAGUGCUGGAGCCUGAGCUUCCAGUGACGCCACACACUCCCACCACUCCUGGUUACUCUGUCCCAACAGUAGCCAAUGGAAUCGGCCGUUACCCGUCAUUUGGCGACGCGUCCUCGCGCCCUUCGAGUCGCCAUCCUUCAGUGGGCAGCACUAGGUUACCAUCAGUAGGGGAGGAAUCAACACACCCACUGCUGCUCAAUGAUGAAACGGUGCACACUUACGUCAACACGACGGGUCUACAAGAGGAGCGGCGCUGUCGUAGCAGUGGCCACGCCCCUCUGGAGCUCCGGACGUCCAAUCCCGAGAGCGCACUCCCAACGCCGGCCAAUGAGACUGAGCCGCACGUGGUUUUGGACUCAGAGGGUGUAAAGUUUGUUUUAGGCCCUACGCCUGUCCAGAGACAGAUGCUGCUCAAGGAGAGCCCGCAAGAUCUCAGCGAGCAGGACGCAGGAGUGCCCGGCUCUAGUACAGAUAACGCCACUUCUCCUGCAAAGACAGUGAAUGGCUGCACAGGCCUUGCGACAGACUGUGACACCGGGUACGAUAGUGAUGAGCGCAAAGAGACGCCGCACGAGCAGCAAAACGGUGUGGUCGGGUCCGGAGCGAGACGAAACAGACCUCCUGUACCGCUUCCCGACGCCCACAACGCCAACAACUCAGCCCAACGGCGGACUGCGCUGCUCAACUACGAGAACCUGCCGGCGCUGCCGCCCGUGUGGGAAACACGCAAACCCAACAGCGAGGCGGAGGACGAGGACGAUCUCAAGUCGCCCUCUCUGAACGGCUUCCAUCCCCUCGAUCCCCAGCACAACUACGUCAACACGGAGAACGUCACGGUGCCGCUCAGCGCACACAAACUCUCCAGCACUCAGCCCACCGUAUUCAGCUUUGACCUCCGGAGGCUCGGGGUGGGCGACCCGCUCCGGCAGCUCAACUACAUUGAGGUGGAAAUGGACAAAGUGUCGGACUCCAGUGGACCUCACACCCCCAAAACACCCACCACACCCUUACCACCCACCCCCACGCGCCGGACUGAGCUGUACGCCGUCAUCGACAUAGAGCGCACGGCUGCCAUGUCCAGCCUGCAGAAAGCACAGCCACGGGAUGACGGCACAUCCAGGAAAACUCGACACAACAGCACCGACCUGCCCAUGUGACCCGACCAGCACUGAUCCAGCAAACCAGUCGGUUUACUCGUCCCAGAAUGCUGGACGAAUCUCACGAAAACCUGUCAGGUCACAUUUCACUGAGAUAUCUAAAGAAAUAAACAACUAUAUUCCACAUUUACCCUAUUUUCAUACCAGCAAACCCGUCGGUUCUGGUCGUAUUUUUAUACAGCAUAUGUGGAGUGUUGUACAUUUGAACUGGUGUAUGGCAAUAAAAAAGAAGCUACAAAUCGAAAU